AUGGCUCGUCUGUCAUUCUCUCUAGCGCUGGCUGCCAUGACUGUCAUGCUCUUCGGCAUGGAAACCGAAGCUAUAUUUAAUCAUAGGAUGGACGGAGGCGAGGCGGAGGUGCGCGCCACGUAUCACUUAUACUUGCCUGAAACGAUCAAAUGGGAUUUGGGCGCGGUCAAUGCUUACUGCACCACCUGGGACGAGAACAUGCCGUUCGAGUGGCGUCAUAGGUAUGGCUGGACCGCUUUCUGCGGCCCGGUUGGACCGGUUGGUCGAGCUUCUUGCGGCAGAUGCCUCCAUUUAACUAAUGUUGAUACCGGGGAAACAACGACGGCGAGGAUUGUGGAUCAGUGCGACAACGGAGGGCUUGAUUUGGAUAGGCAUGUGUUCAGGGCGUUGGAUUCGGAUGGCAGGGGCGUAUUUCAAGGGCAUCUUAGGGUAAGGUAUAAGUUCGUGAGCUGCUAA